UCCCUGACAGGGUCAUAAUCUGCCACAUGCUCGUCCUCAACCCAGAAAGGUUUGUCGAGCAGUUUGCCCAGUCAGGGUGUGACUGUUUUGUGUUCCAAAUCGAGAAAACAGACAGUUCUUCAGUUGGUGAGCUCAUCGCAAAAAUCAGGGAGUCAGGAAUGAAGGUGGGAGUUGGUCUAUCCCAGGAGCAGGAGGUGUCCUCGAUAAAGGAAAUCAUCUCUGAUCUGGAUAUGGUUCACAUCUCAUGUGGAGAUCCCUGUGACGACGAAGUUCCCUUCAACCCUGUCAUGUUGAAUAAGGUGGCGGAAGUGAGGAAGCUGAACAAAAAGAUACUGAUCGAAGUUGAGGGAAACGUGACAAGCGUUGAAAUGACAGGGGCUGUCGAGAAGGGAGCUAAUCUGGUUGUGAGUGGGUACAAAGGAUCUGACACUCUCACUGAAUUUAAGGACAUGAGGUUCAUUGUCAACAAGUUCAAAUACGGACUAUGAUUAAUUUUUCUUUUAGGUUUCAUAGAUGGACAACUAUAUUAGCGGUGAUUACAUUUCAAAAUAGUUUGAAGAGACG